AUCUCCCGUUUCAACCUUGGGUUUCCAUGUCUUGAGAAUAGCCUGGAAAUCGGCUUCGGAUUGGAAAUCUCGGGGAAGUUUUGGAGAGGUGGGGGAUGUGUCUGAGUCGGAGGAGGAGAGGGUGAUGGAGAAUAGGCCGCCGUUUAGAUCUUCUUCUUCUAUUUCUGCUUCGUUGUCCAUUUCUAGGUCCGUCCUACUGAUUUCUUUUGUGAGGUUUGGUUGUUUGGUCUGGGGUUCAAGUCUUAUCGUUGAUAAGAUAUCACGGCACGGCGGGGUCGGAACGACCCCACAUUUUGACUUUCGUUGAGGAUAUUGUUUGGGCAUAUAAAACUUGGGGAUUGAGUGUUUGAAGUUUGAAAUAUGGAGGGACAAAUUAAGGAACUGGUUGACAAGAUAUGGACAAAAUUCCAAACCCUUCCCCCAAAUGAACGUCUCCUAAUAGCAAUAUCCGGCAUCCCCGGCUCAGGAAAAACAACCCUAGCCCACCUCCUAACCACCAACCUCAACGCCCUCCACCCCUCUCCCACCCCAAUAGCAACCACCAUCCCGAUGGACGGCUACCACCUCACGCGGUCCCAGCUGUCCGCCCUCCCCAACGCCCCCGAAGCCAUCUUCCGCCGCGGCGCCGCCUUCACCUUCGACUCCGCGUCCUACCUGUCUCUGAUCCGAUCCCUGCGCCUCCCACUCACGCCCUCUAGUGAAAGAACCAUUUACGCCCCGAGCUUUUCCCACGCGUUGAAAGACCCGGUUGAGAAUGAUAUAGCGAUCUUAUCUUCCUCGCGGAUAUUGGUUAUAGAAGGUCUUUAUUUAUCUCUUUCUUCUUCGAGCUCGGGCUCAACUUCCUCGGAUGGGGGGAGCUUUAAGCCAGAUCCGCCGCAGGCGGAGGAUUGGGUGAAGGCGGGGGAUUUGAUGGAUAUGCAUGUUUUUGUCGAAGUGGGGUUUGAGAGGGCGGCGGAGAGGUUGGUGAAGAGACAUGUGGAGAGUGGGAUUUGUGAGAGUGUAGAGGUGGCGAGGGAGAGGGCGUGGGAGAGCGAUUUGAGGAAUGGGAGGGAGAUUGUGGAGGGGAGGAGGAAGUUUAGGGAGGGUGUUGAUGUGGUGGUUAAGAGUUGGGAGGAUGAGGGGUGGAGGUGAGAGGGUUGAUGGUUGGCAUGGGAUGACUAGUAGUCGGUUGGUUUGUCUGAGAAGUGGUGCCGAAAUUCUGGACAUUAUGAAGAAGAACACACGACCGUAUUGACCGUUAUAGUUUAGGGUGUUGAGAGGUAUCAAACUACUUUUAUGACUCUAUCGACAAUACCGCUUCUAAGCUUAGCAUACCAUACCUGCCAACGCUCCUGAAUACUCAAAUAAUGAUCAAACCUUACUG